AUGGGAAGAAGAUGCAUGGGACACGAUGACCAGAGAGUCCAUGUAGAAGAAAAACUGUCUGCAUGUGGACAUUUAUUCUAUGACAAGGUACUUUCUUUGCAUGAGGAUUCAACAACCCCUGUGGCUAACCCUCUUCUUGCAUUUACUCUCAUCAAACGCCUGCAGUCUGACUGGAGAAAUGUGGUACAUAGUCUGGAGGCCAGUGAGAACAUCCAAGCUCUGAAGGAAGGUUAUGAGAAGGUGGAGCAAGACCUUCCAGCCUUUGAGGAUCUCGAGGGAGCAGCCAGGGCUCUAAUGCGGCUGCAGGACGUGUACAUGCUCAAUGUCAAGGGCCUGGCCCGAGGCGUCUUUCAGAGAGUCACUGGCUCUGCCGUCACUGACCUGUACAGUCCCAGACGGCUCUUUUCCCUCACGGCAGAUGACUGCUUCCAAGUCGGCAAGGUGGCCUAUGACAUGGGGGAUUACUACCAUGCCAUUCCAUGGCUGGAAGAGGCUGUCAGUCUCUUUCGAGGAUCUUAUGGGGAGUGGAAGACAGAAGAUGAGGCAAGUUUAGAAGAUGCGCUGGAUCACUUGGCCUUUGCCUAUUUCCAGGCAGGAAAUGUUUCGUUUGCCCUCAGCCUGUCCCGAGAGUUCCUUCUCUACAGCCCAGAUCAUAAGAGGAUGGCCAGGAAUGUCUUGAAAUAUGAAAGGCUUUUGGCAGAGAAUCCCAACCAGGCAGUGGCUGAGGCUGUCAUCCAGAGGCCCAAUGUACCCCACCUGCAGACCAGAGACACCUACGAGGAGUUAUGUCAGACCCUGGGUUCCCAGCCUACUCACUACCAGAUCCCUAGCCUCUCCUGCUCCUAUGAGACCAACUCCAGCCCCUACCUGCUGCUCCAGCCCAUCCGGAAGGAAGUCAUCCACCUGGAGCCCUAUGUGGCUCUCUACCAUGACUUUGUCAGUGACUUGGAGGCUCAAAAAAUUCGAGAGCUUGCAGAACCAUGGCUACAGAGAUCAGUGGUGGCAUCGGGAGAAAAGCAGUUGGAAGUAGAAUACCGCAUCAGCAAAAGUGCCUGGCUGAAGGAAACCAUUGACCCAAUGCUGGUGACUCUUGACCACCGCAUUGCUGCCCUCACAGGCCUUGAUGUCCAGCCUCCCCAUGCAGAGUAUCUCCAGGUGGUGAACUAUGGAAUCGGAGGGCACUAUGAGCCUCACUUCGACCAUGCCACGUCACUGAGCAGCCCCCUAUACAGGAUGAAGUCUGGAAACCGAGUUGCAACGUUUAUGAUCUAUCUGAGCUCGGUGGAGGCUGGAGGAGCCACGUCCUUCAUCUACGCCAACUUCAGCGUACCUGUGGUCAAGAAUGCAGCACUGUUUUGGUGGAACCUGCACAGGAGUGGUGCAGGGGAUGAUGACACACUUCACGCUGGCUGUCCUGUCCUGGUGGGAGAUAAAUGGGUGGCCAACAAGUGGAUCCAUGAAUAUGGACAGGAAUUCCGCAGACCCUGCGGCUCCAGCCCUGAGGACUGAAAUGCUGGCAGAGAGAAGUUGGUGGAGUCCUGGAGUCCUAUGGCUUUCCAGAGAAGCCAGGAGCCCAAGCCAGGGUAGGAGAGGAGAAAGGAGAGCGGCCUCCUGGAGGAAGGCCUUGUCAUCAUUGCCUGUUCCUUGCAAGUGAGAGGGAAGGCAGUGGUCUUUACCAGGGCCCUGAGAACUUAUGCUUGUUUCUGCUCCAACGAUGAGAGUCCAAGUAGAAUGGACAGCAUGAAGGCAAGGGUAAUGGGGCCUGGAGGGCUGCUUUCUGAAGCUCAGAUGUUCUCUGUCAGGAACAUGACAUAUCUACAGGCUCUGGGGUUUGGUCAGUGGGGCUUUUGCCACUUGAACCUUAACCAUAGAAACUGAGAAGUGGCGAUGAGGAUACCUACAGGAAGGGUUGUCCUGACUCCCGUGACUGUAAGGCCUUCUUCCCACUGCCUUCUUUCUGCUUAAGCCCGAGCAGGGAGUACCUCUGUCUGAGAAGUGUACCCAUCGGAAGGGUGCAUCAUGGGAUGAUUUUUUUUAAAAGUUGACAGCAACUUUCUUUUUACAGGUUGUUUCUUUAAUAUGACCAUUAAAAAUGUUUACAAAUCA